CCCCCGCUUCCCGCCGGCCAAUGGAAGUGCACCGGCCGCCGCCAGCUGCCAGGGCCGUAGCUCCACGGCCUUAAAUAGAGCAGGCGUCGGCAGGGCUGUGGUAGAGUGGGGGGAUUGAGGUGUUGGGAAGAGCUGGGAACGGUUGGUGAUAGCGUUGCUUUACGGUACGCUGCUAUGACUCUGGAAGAAACGCAAGGACAGGAGCUGGCGCCUGCGGGCGAAGACUGGAUGCAGGGCGCCGGCGAGGCCCUCCACGAGCUGCUGGUAUCGGCGCAGCGCCGCGGCUGCCUCACCGCCGGCGUCUACGAGUCGGCCAAGCUUAUGAACGUAGACCCAGAUAACGUGGCGUUCUGCGUGUUGGCGGCCGAUGAGGAGGACGAGGGGGACAUCGCCCUGCAGAUCCACUUCACCCUCAUCCAGGCCUUCUGCUGCGAGAACGACAUCGACAUCGUGCGUGUGAGUGACCUACCCAAGCUGGCUGCUGCCGUGGGAUCCAGCGAGGAGUCUGGCGAGCCCAGAGACCUGCACUGCAUCCUCAUCAUGAACUCAAAUGAAGAUGCCUGGAAAGACCCAGCUCUAGAGAAGCUGAACUCCUUCUGUGAAGAAAGCCGGAAGAUCAAUGAGUGGGUGCCAACUAUUGCCUUACCUGAGUGACCAUGACCUGACAUAAUGGGGAGGCUGAAACCUUUGUUGCAUUCUCAACGUGGUGUUGGUUCACUAAAGUGUGCAACGAGCUGCUGAUUCCUUGGAUUAGCCUGGUCAAGGGACUGGAUUACAGUCACUCAGACUGGCAUGCUGUGGGCUCUUACAGAGGAGAAAAGAAUAGCUCACCUCACCAGUGAGCUUCAGUAGACUGCAGCUGUGUGGAAGAUAACAUACUAUGGAACUGAAACAAGUAUUGCAAGUUUCCUGGUCAAGUGGAGCAGUUUCAGAAGGCAGAGAAAGUUAGGGGAAGUGGCCCAAAAGUUCACAGGGUUAAAUAGAGUAUUGUGACUAGAAACUGUUGGCACUGUCUGCAAAAUAUGAAGAGAAGCAAACUUCAGUAAUUUGUGGACUUUUAGAGACUGAUUACCAGGGCAGAUUCAGCAAUUCUUAAAGCAGACAGACUUCAACAGGCCUUUAAGCCAUGCUUCUGGUUUAAUAAUGCAAUAGUUUUUAUUGAAAUAUUUGCUGCUAUGGAAGCUUUCAUAAUAAAUUUUUUGACAUUUAAGUUCUAGGAGUGUCUAGCUUACUGGGUGGGGAAGCAUGUCACUGCAGUACCACUGAUGCUUUGCUCAGAUACUGUAGUCAAAGGUAUACUCAACAAUAAUAGGGGUGUUGCUCACAUACUUUCUCCCUGGGUCUAGCUUGAUCACAGAUGUGCUUUCUGAGUUGAUAAUUUUUCACUCUCUGGAACAGCUGCUUGUUGCAACAACUUGGAAGACUAAAGAGCUACAUGCUUAAUGAGCUCAUUAUUGUAAUAAGUUGUCUUUAUGGUCUGCUAAGGGAUCACAGUCUAUGCUAGACGCAUGGAUUCUGGGAUCACAGGUCUCCAGUAAAUAGCAUCAUUACUUGUUAAGUAUGAGUUACUCAUUUGAAGUUACAGAGUUCCUACUUGACAGAAGCAGCUUAAAUGUGAUGGUGGCCUGAAGACCUCCUUAGAUGUCAAAUACAUUCAGUGCUUACUUUGAUUGAAAUGACAUAGUCAGACCAAAAACUAGCUCAUAGUGAAUAAACAUCAUAUCUGCCACAAACUGCUUUCUGAUUUCCAUAUGUUCUGACAAUGGAAGCUGUCACUCCAGAACAUAAUUUUGUGAGGAUAAUUUGCAUGAUAAUACCAAAUAGGGUCCAAAACAAUUUAAGGAUGGGUGUGGCCUUUUUCAGAAAUGCUGUCAUGAAAAAUUAAUAUGGUGGACUCGUUUUGUGCUACGUGAAAAGACAUCA